AUGGGGCCCCCCAAGGGCCUCGCAGUGGAGGGCGGGCUGGUGACUUGGGCGUUUGUCUUUGCUGCUUUGCUGGGCACUUCUUGGGGCUGCAACGAAGUGACUUAUCAGGCUUUGGGGGCGCAAAUGACUUUUGAUUACGAUGAAAGAACCAAACUCCAGGCAAUAGCGGUGUCAGUGAUAACAGUGGGUUCGACUUCCUGCGGUUUGCUGCACGGAGUGCUGGGGUCGAGUUUGGGGCCUUCCGUGGAAGCCACUCGUUUUCGCUUUUUGCUGCUGGGGUUUAUUUAUGCACUUUUGUUUUUAUUUGGAACUCUUUUGAUGCUUUUUGUGGUCAAAGAAGAAACCCUAGAGCCCCAAUACCCCCCCCAAACCCUCACGCUAUCUCAGUGGCUCCAGGCCGGCGUUUACUCCGCGCAGCAGAUGUUCCUCAACGUGCUCGCAUUUGGGCUCUACGUGGCGGAAUUUGCUCGCGUUUCGCGGGGUCGCGAGCGUGGGAGCGAGAAGGGUUUAGGUCCCUUUUUCUUGCUGAUGGUGGCCUACUCCUGCAUGAUAAUGGCGGGGGCCGUCACCCCCAUGCUGCUGCCUUACUUCUGCAAACAUGUAGUCCAGUCCCGCGCGGCCUUCGACUGGGCGCCGCUGCUCUUCACGGCCAGCGCGGUGGGCGGAAUGCCCCUGUGGGUCUUUUUGGGCAGUUCGUACUUGAAGGUGGAGAAAAAGUGGCGCUUCGUCCUCGCCGGA